AUGGGUACAGACCAUGGCGAAAACGGAGAAAGCCAUGAUUCUGAGAAGGUGGAAGUGAACAUAUACCCUUUGAAUUCUUACUAUUUUGGAUCCAAGCAUGCUAUUCCUUCCAAAGAUCACUCCCUUCAUGACCAUCUUCAAAGAUUCAAAUCCAACUAUGCUGCACGUGGAAUGCGAACUUGUGUGGAAGCUGUUCUAAUGGUUGAGUUGUUCAAACAUCCGCAUUUGUUGCUGUUGCAAAUAAAUAAUUCCAUCUUUAAACUUCCCGGUGGCCGUUUGAGGCCAGGUGAAUCAGAUACUGGUGGAUUGAAGCGCAAGCUGGCAAGGAAGCUUUCUCUUGAUGAAGAUGAGGCACAAUGGGAGGUAGGAGAGUGUCUUGGAAUGUGGUGGCGGCAUGAUUUUGAAACAUUGAUGCACCCUUUCUUACCACCUAAUGUCAAACAUCCAAAGGAGUGUACAAAACUCUUCCUUGUAAAGCUUCCGGAAAGUCGAAGGUUCACCGUGCCAAAGAACAUGAAGUUGCUUUCGGUUCCAUUGUGCCAAAUUCGUGAAAAUCACAAGGUGUACGGGCCAAUUAUAUCUGAAGUCCCGCAGCUACUCUCGAAGUUCUCUUUCAAUAUGAUUGGAAUUUAA